UUGGUGAUGACCUCUGUGGUGUUCGCGAAUAGUUUAAGCAUGCAUUGGCGGUGGGGUAGCCUAGUGGUUAAAGCGUUCGCUCGUCACACCGAAGACCUGGGUUCAAUUCCCCACUUGGGUACAAUGUGUGAAAACUCAGUCGCUCACUCCUGCCAUACCAACAACACCUGCCAUUCCAAUUUGUCUAACAAUGUAAGCAUUUACAGUCCAACACAACACAGUGAAGACACCAUGCAAUCAAUUGAUCGGUGAAUUGGAACACACCAUUUUGUUUCAAGGGCUGUAUGUUGAAGGAAUGGUUCUUUCAAAGAAGUAUAGAAUUGUUAAUGUUUUUCCAAAAUCCACCAACCUUAAGUAAGGUCAUGUGUCUGUACAACACCCUUUGUAAAUAUAUACUGCUAAAAAAAUAAAGACCAUCUAAUUCAGGUCCAGAUUAGAAUUUGUCUUCAGCAGCCCAUGCUUGUCAUAAAAGACGACUAAAGAAAUCGGGUGGUCAGGCUUGCUGACUUGGUUGACGUCAUUGUAUCCCAACUGUCAAUUAUUUACAGACCGCCGCCAUAUGGCUGGAAUAUUCUGUCUUUUUACUACUCAUAGUUUCAACUACAGUGAUGUGAAGGAUGAUGUGUUGAUUCUUCUUGUGAUGAAUAUAUCAUAAGGAUUUCUUAUGUGGUAUGGAAAUAUAUUAUGGUGUUUUCAAACUACUGCUGAUUUAAUUUUUAUUUGCUUAUCAUUUGUGUUGUGAUCUUUAGUUAUUGGAAUAGCAGUCCUUAAUGACACUUAGUGAUGUUUCGUCAGAAUGUUUCGUCUGACUGACAGUGUACAUGUCACAAUGGACUGUUUACCUGUGAAGUUUGACUGAUUGAUGGGUUUAAAAGAACAUUUUACUGCAACAUGUUUUGUUCAGGAUAUGCCUAUGUGGGAUGCAGGAACCAGCGUGGGGUGAUGUAGGAAUCAUGCAGGUGUCAGAGUGGGGUGAGAUAGGAAUCAUGCAGGUACCAGACUGGGGUGAGAUAGGAAUCAUGCAGGUACCAGACUUGGGUGAGGUAGGAAUCAUGCAGGUACCAGAGUGGGGUGAGGUAGGAAUCAUGCAGGUACCAGAGUGGCGUGAGAUAGGAAUCAUGAAGGUACCAGACUUGGGUGAGAUAGGAAUCAUGCAGGGACCAGACUGGGGUGAGAUAGGAAUCAUGCAGGUACCAGAGUGGGGUGAGGUAGGAAUGCAGGUAGGAAUCAUGCAGGUACCAGAUUGGGUUGAUAUAGGAAUCAUGCAGGUACCAGAUUGGGUUGAUAUAGGAAUCAUGCAGGUACCAGACUGGGGUGAGAUAGGAAUCAUGCAGGUACCAGACUUGGGUGAGAUAGGAAUCAUGCAGGUACCAGACUUGGGUGAGGUAGGAAUCAUGCAGGUACCAGACUGGGGUGAGAUAGGAAUCAUGCAGGUACCAGACUGGGGUGAGAUAGGAAUCAUGAAGGUACCAGAGUGGGGUGAGGUAGGAAUCAUGCAGGUACCAGAGUGGGGUGAGGUAGGAAUCAUGCAGGUACCAGAUUGGGUUGAUAUAGGAAUCAUGCAGGUACCAGACUGGGGUGAGAUAGGAAUUGCCAUCGCAUUGUAGGCAUUGUAAUAUGUACGAAUGAUGCAAAUAGGGAAAUUUGAGAAAUAUAGUUCUUAAUAUUUGGCUUAAAAUGAGCAAUGUUUUAUACUGCCUCAAGGUGUACGGUCUUUACCUCAAUUUGAAUGUGGAAAAUGAUAAACUUUAAAUUUUAUGCAUAUCAUGGGUGCAGAUGUAUUUUAUUGUUGACAGUGACAUAAAAGAUAGUGACAGAAUUAUUUUAUAAUAGAUCACCAGUCCUUUAUGCAUUAUGUUGUCAAAUACAAUGACAUGAAGUGUGGACUACAACUGCAAAACCUUUAAUGAGGUAUAUUUUAUUUUUAUUCCGAUGAACAAGGUGAAAUGACUGCCGUUGACUUGCUGCAGAUUCCUAUCUCAGUCUCAUCCUCAUUAUCGGACAGUGGGGUAGCCUAGUGGUUAAGUGUUCACUCAUCAUGCUGAAGACCUGAGUUCGAAUCCCCACAAGGUACAAUGUGUAAAGCCCAUUUCUGGUGUUCACAACAGUGAUAUUCCUGGAAAAUUUCUAGAAGUGGCAUAAAACCAUCUCUCAAUCACUCCUGAUUAGGGUCUAGGGGGUGGCCCAGUGGUUAAAGUAUUCUCUCGUCACGCUGAAGACCCGGGUUCGAUUCCCCACAUGGGUACAAUGUGUGAAGCCAGUUUCUGGUGUCCCUGCUUUGAUAUUGCUAAAAGCAGCGUAAAACUACUCACUCACACACUCCUGAUUAUGAUAUGUGGUUUGCCAUACUUUGCUUGUAGGUUUAACCUGAAGUGGUUAUUAUUGGAUGUUGCAACAUGUGGGACUUCUUCCAACAGACGUGACGUAGUGUUGUCUUCUGUUCAGUUUUCUUGUUUUUCUGUUGGUGUAUGUGAAAGGUUUUCAGCAGAGACGGUUUGCCUUCAGCUGAGAAUUUUAUGCCAGUAUAUAAGGGGAUGACUGUAUUAUAACUUAAACCAGGAAGGAGAGUAUAUUUAUUGAAAUAUCCCGUUUAUAUUGUGUUAUGUAUGAUUGUUAGUCUAACUUGGGUACCAUUGAAUAAAAACAUGGUGUGCAA